AGACAUUUUCUCUCUUUCUCUUUUUCAUCAAGGAGUAAUGAACACAAGAAAAUUGAUACAAUUAUUUAAAACAACAACUUUAACAGGAACGAGGGUAGCACCUGGUUAUCAUAGAAAUUACUUUGUACCAGCUACACGACACUUCUCGACCAGUUUGUCAUGGCGUAGUACUAUGGCUCAUGACAAAAAGUGUUGGCAGUGUCAAGCUACGAACAAGCCUUCUGCUCUGUUUUGCGAAAACAAAGUCUGCAAUGUCAUUCAGCCUAUUCCUGCUUCACUUGACUUUUUCCAUUUACUUCAGGCUGGUGAAGGCCAAGAAAAAAACAAACCCAAGUUUAAUAUUGAUUUGAAGGCACUCAAGAAACGAUUUUUAAUUUUGCAGCAAAAGGCGCAUCCAGACAGUUAUUCUCAAGCAGCCAAGCAAGAAUUAGACUAUGCUCACUUACAAUCUUCUAUUAUUAACAAGGCAUACAAUACAUUGAAAAAUCCUCUAAGCCGCGCUCAAUAUAUCCUUAAGCAACAAGGCAUUGAAGUCAGCGAAACAGACUCACUUAAUCAUCCAGAAUUACUUAUGGAAGUGAUGGAGCUUAGAGAGGAACUAGAUGAAGUUGGCUCAGAAGAAGAAUUAAAGUCUUUAAAACAAAGAAAUGAUGAAAAAUACCAGGAAACUGUAGAUAAAUUACAAGCUGCUUUUGAUCAACAAGAUUAUGAGAAAGCAAAAGAAUUAGCUACUGAACUGCAAUACUGGACAAGUAUCCAGACUGCUAUCCAUGAAUGGCAUCCUUAGAACAAAAAUAUUUGUAUAUGUGUGCGCUUUUGUUUUUUUAUGAUAAACUGCCGAAUUUUUUAUAUAUAAAGAACAAUGCAUUUUCGUCACUAAAAAGCCCACUAUUUUUAGUUUCUUAACAAAACAGCUUGAGAUGAUUGAAUUUCCCUAUUUAGCUCUUCAUGCUAAGAGUUCCACAAAGGAGUCUCCCUUUUUUUGGGUCUUUUUUUGUUGUAUUUAAAAGAAUCC